GCGGGGGAAGGCGUGGUGGGCGGAGCUGUCCGGGGGCGUGGAAGGCGACCCGGACUCACUGCGGGUCUGCGACCACGAGACGGUCGUCGAUCUGUUCGCCAGGACGCUGUCGGAGAUCCAGCAGGAUGCGUCGGCGGAGUUGGUGGGCGUGAAGGAUCUCGUGAAGUGGUUGCGGUGGUGGGCAGGGAAGAAGACCGUGCUUCGCGGGGGGGCGGGCCUGGACUCGGAGGCCGUGCUCGACGACGUGCGCUUUGAGGUCGGCAUCGCG